CAAAGAAAUCAUAAAGAAUCAUACUAAAUGUAUAGUUCGUAUGAUUUUUUUUUUUGUAUUUAGCCACAAAACUUCUACGAAGAAAAAGAACGAGAGUUUUUUUUAUACAAACAGUUCUAGUAUUUGAAUGUUACCUUCAAAAUUCCAAAUUGUGUUAUUAUGGGUAUUUCUUUUCGAUAGUCUUUCAUGGAUUCAAAAACGCAACAAUUUGAAAUCGAUUUUUUCGCUGAAUUUUAUAAAACCAACGCUCCCUUGUUAUGUGAAUGGCGCUUUAAAUAUUGAUGAAACAUUGUAUGACUCUUUUAUUCAAAAAAUUCAAGAUAAAAUUUUUGUGGAUGAAAACUUAGUUCAUUUCGAUACCCUUCUUCAACCUUCGUCGUGCACUUCUUUUGAUCGUCUCCCUUGUUGGUAUUUUUCUGAAAAACCUUUACAAAAUGAUGUCUAUUUGUUCGAGCAUUCUUUAAGUGAUGUUUAUGAAGAGGAGUCUUUCUUUUCAUCUUUAACAGAUGCUACAUCAUGGUUAAUUUUGGAACAAAAAAUUUUUUCAAAGGAAAACAAUGGUGUCACCAAAUCAAAUUUAGAUAAGAAAAAUGUUUCUUUAUCUUUGAAUAAAACAAACAAUCAAGAUACUUCAAAUCCAACGACAGGUGGAAGGAAUGAAACGAGUUAUUUCGGAAAAACUGGAAUGGGUUUGUUAUGGAAUUCAACAAGCCUGCAACAUUUCUCUCUGGUUUUUUUUGAAUCCUUUUUAAAAUCGUUAAAAAAAAUCAUGUCUAUUUUUUUAAUCAAUAAACAAUCGUUUUCAAAUUCUUUUAAUUUUAAAACAUUAGUUGAGACAGAAAAAACAAACAAAAUAGGGAAUGCUUCAAUAGAAAUUAUUAAACAAGAUAAAACGUUUACUACUCAUCAUAAGAAAACUAAAAAGACGCAUGUGAUUUCAUUGGAUUCAAAUAGUUUAGUAACAAUACCAGAAUAUUACGGAUCCCAUUUCCACUCGACGCAAGGAAUUCAUUUACGUUGGAUUGGAAAUUGGUCCGCUGUUAUGUCGUUGAAUAAGCAAAAAGAUUCACUCACAUUAUCUCGCUCUAUUCCUUUUGAAUCCGAUCAAGCCCUUCAUAUAAUUUUUUCGAAACCCGUUAGUAUCUCCAAAUUACAUCUUCUUUUAUUACAAAAUGAAAUAAAAGAAGACGAAAACAUUUCAUUAAUGAUUGAGGGUUGGAGGUGGAAUCACGAAAGUAUUAGAAACAAAACAACAGACGGCUCAUGGUUUUUCAGGACGGACCCACUCAAAUUAUUAGCACAACAAAACGUUGAAACAUGUUGGUGGACGAGUUCACUUAAAAUGGCAGCUUUUCAAAAAAAUCGUUUAAAUGUUAUGAAUUGGGUUGUUCCUUCACCUUUUAAACGUAUUGAAGGUAUUACGUUUUCAGGUUUAUCUCGAAAACAAUUCAAAUUUUUCGCUUUUCAUGAUCUUCAAUUCACUUCUUCAUUUGAAAAUUAUAAAUCUGCUAUUGUUUUACGUGAAAUCGAAACAUUACCUUUAAUGAGAUUAAAAGAAAAAAAUACGAUGCCGUGUAAUUUAACUAAAUUGUUUAGCGUCAAUCAAUUGCAUGCAUCGCUACGACAUCAAUGGAGUGAAUCUACAGAACGUAGUUUAAACAAUACAAUUAAAAAAAAUAGACCACUCACGGAUUGGCUUUCAUCCUCUUAUACAUAUGAGCCAGUCCAAGCAUUACCGGAAACAUAUUUUUCAAGAUUGUCGUCGGACGGUUUAAUAUAUCAUUGGGAAGAUAAGCUGCCGUUUAAUUUUUUAAGUGUUCUUUUACAUUCUUCUUUACCUCAAGAGGCUUCGGUAGUCUCUUUAAAAGAAAUCGCCCUUCAUAACAUUCCUUUUAAAAAACGUCUUGGAUACUCUUCAUUGAUUCAACAAUUGUUGAUAGCCGACACUCUUCAUUUGAUCAAAAAUGACUUUAACGACAACACCACCUUUCCUGAGACAUUUUCCUAUGAAACUAUAUUUAUGAAAAGAAAAUUAUUUCAAACUGCUCGUUCAGCUGCUCUUCUAGCCAAGCGUUUACAGUAUGUUCAUCAAACUUUACAAACAAAACCCACCAAUACUACAACGUCUGUUUCAAUAAAAAACUUUAUCAAAACACAACAGCACUCCGUGGCAAAUCAACAAGAAGAGAAAUCUUUAUUAUUUCAUUUAUUUCAUCAACAACUUUUCUUAUCAAUGAAAGAAGCUGUGCAGAAACAUUCUAUGGAUCGCCAAAAUAACCCAAAAAGUUUUUUUGAUAAAAAGAACCACACAUCUUUAUCUGAAAUUCAAGAAAUUAUUGUCACCGAUAUGAAAGAAGAUCAACAACAGUAUCGUAAAGUUAUUCGUUUUAAUUUUACAACUGGAGAGAUCGAUGACCAAUCACCUAAAGGGAAAGUGCCUUUUCUUUCUUCAAAAUCUAACAGAACUUUAUACGUUUGAAAGGCUGUCGUUGCGAAAAGAAAAAACAGAAUGUUGUUAAAAUAAAAGUAAUUUCUUUUGAUAUAAAAUGAUAAUCGUAAAGAACUGUUUAUUGUCUUUUUUUGUUCAUCGCAAGAAAGGAAAAAACAAGUUAAGAGAGAAAAACUGUUAAAAUAAGAAAAAAACACUGAAAAACAGUUCUAUUCACAAAAAUAUUUUCACUUCUUCACAA